AUGGAAAGCAGCGGCCUAAUAGCUAGCACAUUUUGGCAACAGAUCAGCACUGAUAACUUCAGUGAUUCAACUUUCCCUACGCGAGGCCUGGACACCCCUCCAGGCCCCCGUAGAACUCCCGUGAUCCCGCGAGAUCAGACUUCCUCCAGGAAGAGCGGGAGCGGCAGCGUCGCCUCAGGCCCCGUUCCGCCGUCCUCGCAGCUCUCGGAUGCAGAGUGCGUUCAGCCCCGUCCUCUCCCUGACCAAAGCUGGCCCGGCGGGCCGGAACCGGCCAAGCGGCUGCCCACUGGGGCUCUGAAUGGCGCGGCGGGGCCGGGAGCCAGGGACCCGCUGAGGAGAGCGGCGGCCCCUGACGGCUGCCGGAGGGGCGGCUGUGCGUGGAUGCGGCGGGAGCCAGAAGCCUCAAGCAGCUGGCGCCUUCUCUGCCCCUGGGCGCCCUAUGGCCCCGCUGCCCCAGUGGAUCCACUUAACCUGUCCUGGUACGAUGACGAUCUGGAGAGCCAGAACCGGAGCUGGCCCUUCAAUGGGUCUGAUGGAAAGGCCGACAGGCCCCACUACAACUACUACGCCAUGCUGCUCAUGCUGCUCAUCUUCGUCAUUGUCUUCAGCAACGUGCUGGUGUGCAUGGCCAUGUCCCACGAGAAGGCGCUGCAGACCACCACCAACUACCUGAUGGUCAGCCUCGCGGUGGCUGACCUCCUCAUAGCCACGCUUGUCAUGCCCUGGGUUGUCUACCUGGAGGUGGUGGGCGAGUGGAAAUUCAUCAGGAUUCACUGUGACAUCUUCAUCACUCUGGAUGUCAUGAUGUGCACAGCAAGCAACCUGAAUCUGUGUGCCAUCAGCAUUGACAGGUACACGGCCGUGGCCAUGCCCACGCGCUACAGCUCCAAGCACCGAGUCACUGUCAUGAUCACCAUCGUCUGGGUCCUGUCCUUUACCAUCUCCUGCCUGCUGCUCUUCGGACUCAGCAACACCGACCAGAACGAGUGCAUCAUCGCCAACCCCGCCUUUGUGGUCUACUCCUCCAUUGUCUCCUUCUACGUGCCCUUCAUCAUCACCCUGCUGAUCUACAUCAAGAUCUACGUCGUCCUCUGCAGGCGACGCCAGCGGGUCAACACCAAGCGCAGCAGCCGGGCUUUCCGGGCCAACCUGAAGACCCCACCCAGGGGCAACUGCACUCACCCCGAGGACAUGAAACUCUGCACCGUUAUCAUGAAGUCUAAUGGGAGUUUCCCAGUGAACAGGCGGAGAUUGGACACUGCCCGCUGAGCCCAGGAGCUGGAGAUGGAGAUGCUGUCCAGCACAAGCCCACCCGAGAGGACCCGGUACAGCCCCAUCCCACCCAGCCACCACCAGCUGAUCCUCCCCAACCCAUCCCACCAUGGCCUCCACAGCUCUCCUGACAGCCCUGCCAAACCAGAGAAGAAUGGGCAUGCCAAAGACCACCCCAAGAUUGCCAAGAUCUUUGAGAUCCAGUCCAUGCCCAAUGGCAAAACCCUGACCUCGCUCAAGACCAUGAGCCGUAGGAAGCUCUCCCAGCAGAAGGAGAAGAAAGCCACCCAGAUGCUCGCCAUUGUUCUCGGCGUGUUCAUCAUCUGCUGGCUGCCCUUCUUCAUCACCCACAUCCUGAACAUACACUGUGACUGCAACAUCCAGCCCUUCCUGUACAGCACCUUCACGUGGCAGGGCUAUGUCAACAGUGCCGUGAACCUCAUCAUCUAUACAACCUUCAACAUCGAGUUCCGCAAGGCCUUCCUGAAGAUCCUACACUGCUGA